AUGUCGAUGCAUGCGGAGGAUAUGGGGCACGAUGGCGUGAGCCACAGCCGAAGGGAGGGCGCUGUGAAAGAGGUCAAUGUGGAUUUGGAGCAGUUGCAGCUUAUUCAGCUUUGCUUCGGCGAACACGAGUUUGGCGUGGCGCUAGACAACGACGUGACUGACGACACCCAGAAAAAGCAACAGGAUGGAGCCGAGUCUGACGCGGCGUCGCAGCAAAACAACGACCACCAGCAAGGUGGCCUCGGCGUCGCGUUUGAUUUUGACCCCAUUCUGUUCGUCCAGGAGAAGUUGGAUCACGGCGUGCCCCUUCGUAGUUUGUGUCGGGAUCUCGAGACGUACGCAAAGUUUCUGGACAGCAGCAUCCUGCGACAUGUGAACAUGGAGGUCCACGACGCCUUUGUGAAGGUCUCUGGGCAUCUCGUUGGGAUGCAGGAUGAACUGCGUUGUGUGCAGCAGCCCGUGCUCACCGCCGUGAAGAAAGUGGAGGGAGCGUUAGAGAAACUCGCGAAACUGGAGGAAAACGUGAAUAGUCAAAUACGAGACGCAACCGAAGUGGAACUGAGUCGUAUUUUUGACGUGAGUUUUCUUAAGAUUCUAUUGAUCUUUGAUUUGCUUUCUGAGCGAGUCAAGGCACUUCCCUCUUGUACGCACUCCACGGAGAGUGACAUCAAGCAGCAGCAGCAGCAGGCGAAACACAGUGGCAGCUCCUCAUUGGCAACUGUGGCGGUAGCGGCGGGCAGCCCACAUGUGUGUGAGGCCCUUCGUGAUAUUGCUGUUACGGUGCAGCAGUGGAAGGCGCUUUUUCAGACCCUGCCGCGGCUCCCACAACGUACAAAAGAAUACGAGGAGGCGUCAGAGGUCCUUCGCGAGGGCACGCAGUUAGUACGUGGGGUGUUUUCAAACGUGUAUCUUGCACUUCAUGAGGCCUAUCUGCAGGCCUCACGAGAAGAGUUGAAGCCGGCGUUGCGUGAAGUCAUGGAAACGUACCGUAUAUCUGGGGAAGUGCGGGAAUUCUGUCGGAUGUAUCGUGAGCGUGUUCUGCGACCACUGCUUGAAUCUGUGCUCUCAUGGCGGGCUGCCACACAAGCCCGCCAUAGUCUGGAGGAUACAAUCAGUCUUCUAACAAGUCUACGGGAGCAACUGGAGACGAAAGUCCUGUGUUUCCUACCACUGAUUUGGGAAUCUUUUGAAGGCAUUGUGCUGCCGAUUCCCAUGAUUGUCUGGCCAACUGUGUGCGAGGCAGUCGUGAAGAAGAUGGUCUCGUUGUAUGACAUUAGCGUGGCAGACGCCUUUCAGAAGCGUUACGUCGCAGCGCAUGAACUGCUUGCUCUUAUGGUGGCCAACUGCAGAUCUGCAGAGGAGCUGUGGGCGCUGAUGCGGUCGCCUGAUGUUGCACUUUGGAGGCACAAGUGGAACACGGACGUGUACGGCACAAUACGGGUCAAUGAGUUAUCGAAGAAAAUUGAGGAGGCGAUUAAAGCGUUUUGUGCAACGCCAUUGGAGACAUUGGCUCAACAACCGCAGAAGCAACCAGGCAAGCACCAUGUGGGGGAUGCUGGAUUUUGCCUCGAGCUUUUUACAAAACUAAGGGAAGCAUUGGAUUGGUUUUUUUCGGCUGAUAUUUACAUUUACAUCUUGACCCCGAAGUUCAUUCGUGAGGCGGCCGUUGCAACACGUCGAGUGGUGCAAAAUCUGCUGGAGCACGUGGAGGCUGCUCAAGGUGCAGGUUCGAUGCAGGACUGGCUGCAUGUUGUCAUGGCUGCUGGCACUGAUUUUGAAAAGCUCGCAGCGUACAUUGAAGGACCUUUUCGUACGCGAUUAGAAGAGGUGAGUCAACACUCAUUUCCCGUCACAUCGCCUCUCCUGGAGCUUCUCACACAAGAUACUUGUCGUAGUGCUGUUGCCUGUCUUCACCGUGUGGUGCAGAGCCGCCUGACGGAGGAAUGUCUUGUUGGCCUUCAGAAUGUUCGUUCGGUGAGGUCGGCGUACUCACACAUGCGCAAGCCAUUCCCUACGACACCGUCGUGGUAUGUUCCUAGCGUAGUAGAGCCACUGCAGCGCUUUGAUGCAUCUGUGCGCACGUUAUUGCCUUCAGCGGCCCGCCAUGGUAUGAUGGUGGAAUUGGUGAAUGAGGUGGCGAACCGCUUUCGUGCGCUUGCGAAGGAAACACUUAUAACGGCGAAGAAGACGGAAGAAAGUUGGGAAAAGUUGCGGCGUCGUAAAGAAACAACAAGCGGUGGGCGUGGGCCUGAGGUUGAGGCUGUUUUGGGAAAUGGUCAUCCUUCUUCUUCUGCUGCUGCUACUAGUGUGAGACCUACGCAGGAAACCGCGUCGGACCGUGACAAGAUGACGCUCCAGUUGUACCUCGACGCCAAGGCCUUUGUGCAGGAGGUGAAGACGACGCUGGGACUCGGGGCGGAGGCUGAAAAGCUCGCUGCCGUUGGGCCACUCUUUAAGCUGCUGCGCCGGGCCAACUGGAUUAUGGGCGAAGACAUACCCGAGCCACCUGAUAUCGAUGAGGCGGAGGCCUGA